AUGAACCAACCGGACCUGUCAUGUUGGACUUUACAGCCUGCCACACCCUGGCCAUCCCAUCUCUGGACAGCCGAGGAGAAGCAGCUCAUCGCCAGCGUCUGGAACAAGGUCAACGUGGAGGAAUGCGGUGCCGAGGCCUUGGCCAGGCUGCUGAUUGUCUACCCCUGGACCCAGAGGUUCUUCUCCUCCUUCGGCAACCUCUCCAGCCCCACCGCCAUCCUCGGCAACCCCAAGGUCCGUGCCCAUGGCAGGAAAGUGCUCACCUCCUUCGGGGAGGCUGUGAAGAACCUGGACAACAUUAAGACGACCUAUUCCAAGCUGUCCGAGCUGCACUGUGAGAAGCUGCACGUGGACCCCGAGAACUUCAGGCUCCUCGGAGACAUCCUAAUCAUUGUCCUGGCUUCCCACUUUGCCAGGGAUUUCACCCCUGCUUGCCAGUUUGCCUGGCAAAAACUGGUCGGUGUCGUGGCUCACGCUCUGGCCCGCAAGUACCACUGA